GGGGGGGGGACCGGGGAGGGGGGGCCAGGAAGGGCUCAGCCCGCCGCGGGGAGCCGCUGGCGGCGGGCGGCCGAGCGAUGCUGGCGGUGCUGGCCGCGCUGUGCGGCGCGGGGCCGGGCGGCCGGGCGGCCGCGCUGACGCUGGCGGUGGUGCUGCCGGAGCGCAACGUGAGCUACCCGUGGGCAUGGCCGCGCGUGGGGCCGGCCGUGCGCCUGGCCGCCGCCGCCGUCAACGGGCGAGCCGACCUGCUGGGCGGCCACACGCUGCGCUGGGUGUUCGGCAGCAGCGAGGACCGGCACGGGGUGUGCUCCGAGAUGGCCGCCCCGCUGGCCGCCGUGGACCUGCGGCUCGCCCACCACCCCGCAGCCUUCGUGGGGCCCGGCUGCGUGUACACGGCGGCGCCCGUGGCGCGCUUCACCAGCCACUGGCGGCUGCCGCUGGUGACGGCGGGGGCCGAGGCUCACGGCUUCGACGACAAGCGGGAGGAAUUCGGGCUCACCACCCGCGCCGGGCCGAGCCACCGCAAGCUGGGCGAGCUGGGCGUGCAGCUGCACCGCCGCUUCAACUGGACCCGCCGCGCCCUGCUGGUCUACUGGGACGAGAAGCUGGACGACCGGCCGUACUUCUUCGCCGCCGAGGGGCUCUACGUCCAGCUGCCCACGCUGCGCAACCUCACCGUCAUGGACGUGGUGUUCCGCGACAAGGGCAACUACUCCUCCAUCAUCCAGGAGAUCAAGCAGAAGGGGCGCAGUGAGUGCGGGGGUGGCGGGGCACGGGCGGCCGCGGCUCCCCACGGGCGGCCGGGGCUCUCCACGGGCGGCCGGGGCUCCCCGGGGUCGCGCGCGGCUCAGCACGGCUGGGCACGGCUCCCCUCGGGCGGCCGCGGCUCCCCACGGCCAGGCACGGCUCCCUAAGGGCGUUCGUGGCUCUCUGCAGGUGUUUCCCGGCUCCCCAGGGCCGUGCGCGGCUCACCGCGGCCGGGCACGGCUCCCCUCGGGUGUCCGCGGCUCCCCAGGGUCGUGCGCGGCUCCCCAAGGGCGUGCGCGGCUCGCCGCUGCCGGGCGCGGCUUCCCUCGGGUGUCCGCGACUCUUCAAGGGCGUUCGUGGCUCCCCACGGGUGUCCGUGGCUCCCCAAGGGCGCGCGCAGCUCUCCACGGGUGUGCGCGGCUCCCCUCGGACGUGCGCAGCUCCCCAGGGUCCGCGGCUCCCCGCGGGUGUCCCCAGCUUCUCCCACGUGUCCCCAGCUCCCCACGAUUUUCCACCGCUCACCACGGGUGCCCCCGGCUCCCCACGGGUGUCCGCGGCUCCGCAGGGGCGCUCCCAGCCCCACCCUGCUGACCACGGCUUUGCCCGGCUGUGCGGGGCUGCGCGCGGAGCCCCCCCCGCGGGGAGCAUGGGGCGCGGGGCUGCGCG